AUGGUCACCGAUGCUUCCGGCCAGCCGCUGGCUGCCGUCGCCUCCACUGCGCUGCCGUGCCAGCUGCUGCGAGCCUGGCUGACCGAGCUGCAAGGGAGCGACUCGCCCGACGCCCGGGCGCACUGGUGGCGGGAGUCGCACUGGCUCCCUCGUGGAGAGGUGCCUGGCGCGCUGCUUCGCGCGACGGUCGCCCACGUCGAUGCAGCACUUCCGGCGGCGGUGGCGGCCGCCGCAGGACGCUGCUCUGGGCUUGAGUUCUGGACGCAGAGACGUCCGACGGGCUCUAGCAUGCAGCUGCACUGGGACUGCGACGAGGAGCAUGCGCAGCGGCACGGUGAGCUUCGCAGCCCGCUGCUGAGCGUCGUGCUGUACCUGGACGACCACGGCGGCCCCACGCUCGUCCUCGACCAAAGGCCGCCGGAGGCGCUUGGGCGCAUGGUCCGCGCGAGCCUCGUCUGGCCGCACGCCGGCGCGAUGGCGGUCUUUGAGGGCAGCCUCCUGCACGGCGUGUGCGGCCUGGGAGGCGCGCCGACGGCUGCACCGCAAGGGGUGGCGGCCUCCGGGCGCUGCCACCUCCGGUCAUCCCUCCGCCACACGCUGCUCUUCAACUACUGGCGCGAGCGGCCGCUGGAGAUGCCGCCGCUGCCCGAGGUGCUCGUUCCGCACAUCGUCCCUCCCUGCGAGGCGCCGAUCCGCGAGGAGGUGCCGCGGCGGGCCGAACCACGCCGCGUCUUUGCCGAUGGCGGCGCUGUCCGCCGGACGCUGUGGACUCGCUGCGGGGCGGAUGGCGGGGCGCUGGUGGCAGACGGCGGGGAGGGUUGCGGCACGUCGGAGAGGCGAGAGCUCGUGCUCGGUAUGUUCGACCGCCACGUCUCGCUGGCGAUGGAGCUGCCCCCGAUCGAGUACCGCGGCCAGCAGCUUGACGAGUUCGAGACCGUCGUGUCCGUGAGAGAGAGCGACGCUACGGAGCAGGGACCGCACACAGCGGUUAGCGCCAUCGGCACUGCGAGUACUCGCGAACGCGACCUGGCCGUCCGAUCUCCGCACAAACGCGUGUUGCAGAGCGGCCCGAGCGCUCUCGAAACAUCUGUGUCCCCGGCCCGCACUCGCGUCCCGCCACUCAACCUAGAGCCAGUGGCGUGGGAUGAAACAUUCCUCUCCGAGCAGCAGGCAUGGGUGGCCUCUGGCCUCUGA